CGCCGACCGCGACCGCGAACGCGCCACGUCCCGGGAUCCUCUCCACACGCUUCUCCGGCGAAACGCUUCGCAGAAACGCGCGCGGUGCAGCCUCCGCGCGGCGGGACGUGCGGACAUCGAGAGUUUUUCGCUCCCCUCGGUGGUGCCCCGAGUGUGCCCUGCAGCAGGUGCAGCCUCUCGUGCGGCCUGAAACGAUCACGCGACACGCAGAACUUGGUCGACACCCCCGACACGCGGGAAAUGUUUUUGGUGUUGUAAUCGUGUCGACACGCGCGCGGCCGAGGCUGAAAGUCCGCUCGAUGCUGGAGAAGACAUAUUGGGACCAGUCGUCGUCGCCGUCGCAAGUAAGACUCGAUGCGCCACGAGCAAGUCCCGCAUUGUCGUCGGAGGGAUUCACCGACGGGUGCCUGCAAUUAUCCCACGCGUUAGCGCGACCCGUUAAUUAAGCCGCUCGAAUCAGCAGCGGAGGGCCGCUGCUAAUUAACGCCGACGUCACUCUCGCCUGUUACCCCGCUUCUCCUCCCCCCCUUCUCAAUCGUGGGGGAUCACCUCGAUCAGCGACCGACGCGGAUUUAACGAGAGGCCAUUUGGCGCAUCGGUGACGGCCACCUUCCCUUUCUUGCGCCCUGUCCGUCCUCUCUUCUCGUCGAAGAUGGUGCGCGUCGCCCGAUGAAGGUGGGACCGCGCGACGAGGCGUCGCGGCGCCGUGACAAUGCGGAAAUAUGAGACUCUCCGCGCCGACCGGAUCUCACCGUCGUCGUCUUCGUCGGCAGUGCGCUCGCACCGAUGCGACUUGCAACGGUCGCCGACGCGUACGUCCGACGUCCAUUGAGGAAAAAUGGGUGCCAAUCAAUCGACCCGGAGCGCGCCCACCCCCGGAGAAGAAGUGAAUUUCGAUCAUUUUCAAAUCCUACGCGCCAUUGGGAAAGGCAGCUUCGGCAAGGUCUGCAUCGUGCAAAAACGUGACAGUAUGGACAUGUACGCCAUGAAGUACGUACAUAAAAACGAAUGCGCGGAACGAGGCGCCCUGAAGAACGUGGCGAGGGAGGUGGAGAUCCUGUCAAAGUUGGAGCAUCCUUGCUUGGUGAAUUUAUGGUUCAGCUUCCAAGACGAGGAGGACCUCUUCAUGGUGUCGGAUCUCCUUUUGGGUGGCGAUCUGAGAUACCACAUCCAGCAGGACGUUGUGUUCAGCGAGAAGAGCGUCGUGCUGUUCGUGGCCGAGAUCGCGUUGGCGCUCGAUUAUCUGCAGACCCACAGGAUCAUCCAUCGGGAUAUCAAGCCGGACAAUAUACUGCUGGACGAGGAGGGCCACGCCCAUGUGACAGACUUCAACAUCGCGACCGUACUCGAAGACGGGCAGUUGGCGACUUCGAUGUCUGGAACGAAACCGUACAUAGCCCCGGAGAUUUACAUGUGCUCGUGCGAGGAAUACGGUGUCCCCGGCUACGGAUUCGCCGUCGACUGGUGGAGCCUGGGAAUCCUCGCCUGGGAGACCCUAGCCAUGGAGAGGCCGUAUCCACUUCACUCCACAACGUCCAACAGGGAGGCUCUGAGGAUCUUGAAGGAGGAAAGGUCGACAUUCACGCAUUGGAGCCCGUCGAUACGCGAUCUCCUGGACCGCCUGCUAACUCUCGCGCCGAGCGCCCGAGUGUCGUGCUUGAAAGAACUGAAACAGGCGAGCGCGAUGAAGGUUCUGGACUUCGACAAGGUGCUGAACAAGCAGAUAAAGCCCAGCUUCACCCCGUCGAAGGAUCACCUGAAUUGCGAUCCCACCUUCGAGCUCGAGGAAAUGAUAAUCGAGACGAAACCCCUGCACAAGAAGAAGAAACGCCUGGCUAAACAGAGGUCGCUCAGGGUCGAACACUCGGCGGAGGACGCCAGUGGGUUCGUCGAGGGGGCUGGAUCGAGCGUAGACACGCGGAGAUUAGCUUACAUCCCGGAAUACCGGGUGUACAAUCGCGAGCGUGAGAUCGAGAGACAGGAGAGGGAGAAGAAAGAGAAACAAUGGGAGGAGGAACUGAACACUGCCAUGAAGGGUGCCGAAGAAAGACUCAAAACAAAGCAGCAACAUCUGCCGGCCCAGCGAACCGGAAACCGACUGAGCGUCUCGACGACGAACGUCAAAGCGCGCAUAAGCGCGUCGCCGAGGCAAGGUCGCCGUGCGAGCGCCGCGACGUCCUCGGACAUCGACUUCAUCGACGCGAGUCCGGAGCCUAGCACAUCUUAGAUAACACCUUGAGCGCGAUAUAUUCGACGUAGCCUAUAUCUGCGACCUGUAGACCACCUUCAAUCCUAUAGUCGCAAAUGCGCACCGAAUCCCGACGGAUCCUAUCGCACUUAUCGUAAGAGGAAGUGUCCCUUUCAAUUAUAUUUCCCACGUUAAAAUUUAAGAUAAGAAAAGGAAUUUAAGUAAGAGGAAGAAUUCCAUUGUAGAUGAAGUUUUUAUACUCUUCUUGAAAAGAUGACGACAUAUAUAUAUAU